AUGUCUGGUCCCACUGAUGAAACUGCAGGAGACCUGCCUGUGAAAGAUAUAGGUCUAAGCCUCUUUGGAAUGGGAGGUUUACAAGAAAGUUCAACAAUUCGGACCAUGAAGUCUCGCCAGGCAGUGUCACGGGUCACUCGUGAGGAACUGGAAGACAGGUUUUUGCGCUUGCAUGAUGAGAACAUUGUACUUAAGCAACAUGCCCGAAAGCAAGAGGAUAAAAUUAAAAGAAUGGCCACCAAGUUAAUACGGCUAGUUAAUGACAAGAAAAGAUAUGAGCGGGUUGGUGGCGGCCCCAAGCGGCUGGGACGGGAUGUAGAAAUGGAAGAAAUGAUUGAACGACUGCAAGAGAAAGUUCAUGAGCUUGAAAGACAAAAUGAAGUCCUCAAAAACAGACUCAUUUCAGCCAAACAGCAACUUCAAAUCCAAGGUCACAGACAAACACCAUACAAUGCUGUUCAAUCUCGUAUUAACACUGGGCGUAGAAAAGGAAAUGAAAAUGCAGGCAUACAGGAAUGCUCCAGAAAAGGUCUAAGAUUCCAAGAUGCAGAUGUAGCAGAAACUCAGCAACCCACACUUACAAAAUACGGCCACAAUUUACUUGAGGAAGCCAGAGGAGAAAUCAGAAAUUUAGAAAAUGUUAUUCAGACACAGAGAGGCCAGAUUGAAGAAUUGGAGCAGUUGACAGAGAUCCUGAAAACUCAGUUGAGGAGAAAAGAAAAUGAAAUUGAGUUAUCUCUCCUUCAACUUCGAGAACAACAAGCUACAGACCAAAGGUCAAAUAUUCGGGACAAUGUAGAAAUGAUUAAGCUUCAUAAGCAACUAGUGGAGAAAAGCAAUGCUCUUUCAGUAAUGGAAGGAAAAUUUAUUCAGCUUCAAGAGAAGCAAAGGACUCUCAGGAUCAGCCAUGAUGCCUUGAUGGCAAAUGGAGACCAGCUAAAUAUGCAGCUUAAAGAGCAGCGCCUAAAAUGCUGCAAUCUUGAGAAGCAAUUGCAUUCCAUAACCUUUUCUGAAAAAAGAGUCGAAGAGCUGCAGGAUAGAAUUAAUGAUUUAGAAAAGGAGCGAGAACUUUUAAAGGAAAAUUAUGAUAAACUGUAUAACAGUGCCUUCAGUGCUGCCCAUGAAGAGCAGUGGAAGUUUAAGGAGCAGCAGCUGAAAGUGCAGAUUGCUCAGCUCGAGACUGCCUUAAAAUCAGACUUAACAGACAAAGCUGAAAUCCUUGACAGAUUAAAAACGGAAAAAGAUCAAAAUGAAAAACUCAUUCAAGAGAAUAGAGAACUACAGUUACAAUAUCUGGAACAAAAGCAACAACUUGAUGAACUUAAAAACCGAAUGAAAUUUUUUAACAAGGAGAGUGAUAUUAAUGUUGAUGAAUUGAGCGAAGCUCUCCUGCUUAUAAAGGCCCAAAAAGAGCAAAAAAAUGGAGACCUUUUAUUUUUAGAGAAAGUAGACAAAAAUAAUAAAGAUCUGGAGCAUUCCAUGAGAGAGCUGCAAGCAACUCAUGCAGAAACUGUACAAGAACUGGAAAAAACCAGGAACAUGCUAAUUAUGCAACAUAAAAUUAAUAAGGAUUAUCAGAUGGAAGUUGAGGCAGUGACCCAAAAGAUGGAAAAUUUACAGCAAGAUUAUGAACUCAAAGUAGAACAGUAUGUUCAUCUUCUUGAUAUCAGGGCUGCACGCAUCCAGAAACUAGAAGCACAAUUAAAGGAUAUUGCAUAUGGCACCAAACAAUACAAAUUUAAGCCAGAAAUCACGCCAGAUGACUCUGUGGAUGAAUUUGAUGAAACCAUCCACUUAGAAAGAGGUGAAAACCUAUUUGAAAUCCACAUCAACAAAAUAACCUUUUCUGCAGAAGUUUUCCAGGCAUCUGGAGAUAACGAGCCUGUCACCUUCUGCACCUACGCUUUCUAUGAUUUUGAACUACAGACAACUCCUCUAGUGCAGGGCCUUCACCCAGAGUACAGUUUUACUUCUCAGUAUCUUGUCCAUGUGAAUGACUUAUUCUUGCAAUAUAUUCAGAAGAAUACUGUCGCUCUUGAGGUGCACCAAGCUUACAGCACGGAAUAUGAAACCAUUGCAGCAUGUCAAUUGAAAUUCCAUGAAAUUCUGGAAAAAAGUGGUCGAAUAUUUUGCACAGCAAGCUUGAUUGGAACUAAAGGAGACAUCCCAGAAUUUGGCACAGUAGAAUACUGGUUCCGAUUAAGAGUUCCCAUGGACCAAGCAAUUCGACUUUAUCGAGAACGAGCCAAAGCUUUGGGAUACAUAACAUCAAAUCUUAAGGGACCAGAGAAAAUGCAAUGGUUAAGUCAGCAAGCACCCAAAGCUGCUCAACUCAGUCCUACAGAGUCUAAAGAUGGCAACUUAAAUGAACUUCAUGUUACAAUAAGAUGUUGCAACCACCUGCAGUCCCGAGCAAGCCACCUGCAGCCACACCCAUAUGUAGUGUACAAGUUCUUUGAUUUUGCAGACCAUGAUACAGCCAUCAUUCCCAGUAGCUGUGAUCCACAAUUUGAUGAUCAUAUGUGCUUCCCAGUGCCAAUGAAUAUGGAUUUGGACCGAUACCUUAAGUCAGAGUCUCUGAAUUUUUAUGUGUUUGAUGAUAGUGAUACCCAGGAGAAUAUUUACAUAGGAAAAGUCAAUGUGCCUCUUAUAUCCCUGGCACACGACAGGUGUAUUUCAGGAAUAUUUGAGUUAACAGAUCAUAAAAAACACCCUGCAGGCACCAUCAAUGUUGUGUUAAAAUGGAAAUUUGCUUACCUUCCACCAAGUCUGUCAAUAACAACUGAAGACUUAGGAAAUAUCAUUUGCAGUGAAGAGCCAGAAGUUGUUCAAAGACUUCCUCCAACGUCCUCUGCCAAUACAUUAGUUGUAGCUCCAACACCUAAACCGAGACAACGUUUAACACCUGGAGAUAAGAAGGUGUCUUUUGUGGAUAUCUUGCCCUGCCAGAGUCCUGAGACUUCUCUUCAUGAAGACAAGGAGGAAAUUUUACCAGCGGUGGAACAUACUCCAGAAACUAAGAUGCCAGCUGUUUCACAUAUACCAGCGGUUUCACAUGAAAGCAUUGUAGAUAAAGUAAUUGAGAAUACUGAGAAAAUGCAGCAAGAAAAAGAAGAUGUAUCUUUAUUAUCUGAGGGUCAGCUUGCAGAACAAAGUUUGGCUUCUUCUGAAGAUGAAACUGAAAUAACUGAGGAAUUGGAACCAGAAGAUGAAGAGGACAGAUCUGCUUCUGACAGUGAUGAUUGUAUUAUUCCAGGUUCUAUAUCCAAGAGUAUCAAACAGACCUCAGAAAAAAUUCGUAUUGAGAUUAUAGCUCUCAGCCUUAAAGAUUCUCGCGUAACCAAAGAUGACACUAUUCAACGGCUAUUUGUUGAGUGUCGAUUCUACAGCCUUCCUGCCGAAGAGACACCUGUGUCACUUCCCAAACCCAAGAGUGGGCAGUGGGUCUACUACAACUACAGCAAUGUGAUCUACGUGGAUAAAGAAAACAACCAAGCCAAGAGAGAAGUCCUAAAAGCUGUGUUACAAAAACAAGAGAUGCCUAAUAAAAGUCUCCGCUUCACUGUGGUCAGUGACCCUCUGGAGGAUGAGCAGGAUCUGGAGUGUGAGGACAUCGGCCUCGCGAAGAUCGACCUCAGUGAUCUGUUUGAGGAAGGCAGAGACAUCAUCGAGCAAAAUAUUGAUGUUUUUGAUGUGCGAGCAGAUGGUGAAGGUAUUGGCAAGCUCCGGGUAACAGUUGAAGCUCUCCAUGCCCUAAGGUCUGUCUAUGAGGAAUACAGAGAGGACCUAGAGGCUUGAAGGAACCGCUCCAGAGGCAUCUCCUACUCCUGAGUAAAUGCUCACAUGAAAGCUGCUCUGAGCCGAGGUUUCUAUAAUUACUCUGGUAUAUAUAAUCUAUAAUUCAUGGGGCACUGGGAGGGGGAGACCUGAGUUUGAAGUGUUCAAGUUUUGUGCACUUUUUAUUUGUUUAUCUUUCUACUCCCUCUUUCCCAUGUCGACCACCCCUCAGGAUUUAAGUCCUCCACAAUGGGUAACACCUUCUCAAUAAUUUAUACCUACAGGAUAGCCUGAGAAAGAAGACCUGCAAUGCAAUUCCCAUUUUUUAUUUUUAAUAAGCAAAAAGCAUAAAUCUUACAAAAUCUAUGAAAAAAGAAAUAAUUUUUUAUGUGUUCCCUAAUCGGCCCACUAAAUGGGAUGCCUAUGAUUAGCCUCAUUAGGAGUUUUAUACUGUGAAGAUUUUAUUAGAAGCAAUAUAUGAAAAUUACUUGGAUUAAUGUGUUAAUCUUCCUCUUUAAAAUGCUAAUAUCCAUUUUAUGCACAUUAAAGCUCAGUAUGCAUUUUCUUUGAUGCAUGCAGUUUCUAUCAAUUAAAUAUAAAGAAUGAAACAGCACCAAUUUAUUAAAUUACUACAAUAGUUUUUCUUUAAAAAAAAAUAGCAUUUCUUCUUACUCAUUAUUUUUAUUGGUGAUAUGGGAUCUGGAAAUGUGUGUGUGUAACAUAUACAUAUAAUUUACACUUUGAAAACUUAGCCUAUGAUAUAGAAAGAAAUUAUUAAAGUGUGACUCAAAUUCUGAUAUGCUUAGUUAGACAUGAACAGAAUAUCUUUUCAUCAUUUUUAAAAUUUACAUCCAACUUGUACAAUGCUGGGGGGUAUAUCUGGAUUGCCAGAUCCUUAAAAAGCAGCUCAGAAAGUUAAUUUUCUAGCUUUUACCCAAUCUCACUGAAGGAUUUAAUUGAUAUUUUUAAUGGAGCUGUGAAUCAAUGCUGCAAAGGAAUUGUCUCUAGAGGGCCAGGACAUAAUGCGUUUCAUUUUUUAAUUUACUUUUUUAUUUGUCAUUUUCUUCAAAGGAUUUUUAUAGGCUGUGGGUUUUCACUGUUUGCAAACAGGCUAUGUUCCUUCUUAAGCAUAUGUAAAGUAUUCAGGGAGAUAAGUAAUUUAUUAAAAUCUACCUAAUUUGCCGUGAUAUAUUAAAUCUCUGCUUCAGUGAUCACAGACCAUUUCAUUUAGAGAAUUAGGCAUUCCCUCUUUGUGUGAUUAAAGCUCUGGAAAAUGAGUUCUUUGCUCCUAUUUGUGAACAUUCAAAGCCUGCUAAUGGCAAGAAGAUGGAAUAGAUUAUGAGACAAUUCAUUACAGUUCAACAGAGGGAAAAAAAAGUAGCUAUAAUGCAAAAAUGCAAGUAUGAAUAUCUGCAUAUAGUUUGAACCAUCUGUGCUCUAAUGGCUUCAAUAAUGACUCUCCUCUUUAGGAGACUUUGCAAUGACAUCCGUACAAUAUUAAUUUGUUGAUGUACAUUGGGAGACCAGUAGAGUAUGAGCUGACCACAGAAAUCUAUAAAUUCUGUCUAUACCAUUGCAUCUCCCUGCCCUGGGGUCUGCCCGCUCCAAGGAGAACCUUGCUCUCAACAAGCUCUGCAAAUCUUCGUAACAACUCAUUCCUCUGGAACCUUCUAGAGACCACAAACAUCUGCAAACGAAACGUCUCCAAUCCUAGCAAACAGCCACAUGUUUGUUGUCACUUUAGCUGGCUCUGAGCUCAUCUUUUUGGCCUCUCAUUUUAGCUUUCUUUGGCUUCAUGCAGUUACGAGUGUCAUUAAGGCCCUUAAUAUUCCCUGCAGUGAUUUAAAACAGCCAGAUUAUAGCCUGGGAUUAACUGAGUGGUUGGUGAGACACUUAUUGUGGCAUUCCCCCAGGAGGUUUGUGUUAUUGUUUUAAAACAUUGUUUAAACAUUGCAUCUGCCCUUCUGCUAGGAGAAGCGAGCUUGGUCGUGCUGACUUCCAUGACCUGUUAAGUGGAUAGAACAUAUGGGAUCUACUCUCUGAAAUGUAUAAGAUCAGACCUUAGCCAUGUUUCUGUCAUGUUCAUGUUUACUUUAAUAGAGUAUUUAAGAUCCCUCUGAUGGUUUUGGAGCCCUGGUGGUGCAGAGGUUAAGUGCUUAGCUGCUGAGCAAAAAGUCGGCAGUGUGAACACCACCAGUGUUUCCUUGGGAGAAAGCUGAUUCUUUAAAGAGUACAGCCUUGUAAAUCCUGUGGGUCACUUGUCCUCUGUUCUGCAGGGCCACCGCCGGAAGGUGACCAGACGUCCCGCUUUUGGCAGGACAGUCACGAUUUUUGGAAAGAAUGCACGACGAGCUAGGG